GUGCCAAAGUGUUGUAAAGUGUUACCAUAUUCACUUUAUCAUAGACAAAUCGUAAAUGUUAACACUCAAUUUUGUAAUAUACGUAGGCAACCUUUUGCCAUCUGUCUGUCCACCAAGGAGCCCCGUGAUGAACAAUAUUAUUAACAUUGUGUUUCUCAUACAUAAUGGAGAUUGAAGGCAGAGAUUUCAUCAAUACACCACCAUUGAAAACGGUGCGCUUUGGAGGCACAGUUGCCAAUACUUUGGCUAAACUACAAAAGGGCGACACAAGCGACUAUGAGCUGAUAAAACAUCAACUCUCAGACCCGGAUAUUAAGGAUGCUCAAAUUAUCAACUGGUUGCAGGAAUUUAGGACAUGUGUCACUCAGCUUGGCAAAGAUCACGAGCAAUUAGUAUAUGUUGUUUUGAAACUGCCGUGGCUUGGUCGCAGUCAGGCUGUGGUGGAAGAAUAUUUGGCUUUUCUGAGUAACCUGGUGUCGGCACAGACAGUUUAUCUCAGAGCUUGUCUUCGAAUGGUCGUCACUAAUUUUUCACCGAAGAGAAUCAGAAUCCAAGAAGGAAAUGUGGAUAUUUCAGAUUCUGAUGAUGAAGAUGAAAAUCUGCCAAGGACAUUUGAUAAUUGUCAUCAAGCUUUACAGCUUAUCGCAAGAUAUGUUCCUUCAACCAGUCGGUUCCUGAUGCCAAUCCUCACUGACAAGUUUCCUUUUGUGCAGAAAUCUUCCAGAACGCUUGAGUGUUAUGUACACAACCUGUUGAGGGUUACGGUCUACAUCCCUGACCUGAGGAAAGACGUACUAGAGCUCAUCAUCAGCAAGAUGCUUAUGCUAGAUGUUAGCGCACCGCGAAGUGAGAUUGAAGAAGUGGAAAGUGGAGCUCAGCAAGGCGCCAGUGGAGCAUCACAGGAUGACUGCCUCUUCAACAUGGAUGAGGAAGAGGACUCACCCCUGAGCUCGGGAGCUGAUGGAGGAGCAAUGGUUCAUCCUGUGGCAGAGAGACUGGACACCAUGAUGACUGUCCUCCUGGCUUACAUUAAAGACGUUUCCCAUGUUAAUGGUACAUUAGAUAUUGAGAAAACCAAAGCUCUCUACCGAGACCUGGUGUCGGUGUUUGAUAAAGUGGUUCUUCCCACUCAUGCUUCCUGUCACGUGCAGUUUUACAUGUUCUACCUGUGCAGCUUCCGCCUGGGUUUAGCUGAAGCUUUUUUGGAUCACUUGUGGAAGCUUUUACAAGGUCCCAACCAGCCCUCCGUCCUCCGGCAGUCCGCUGCUGGAUACAUGGGCAGCUUCAUGGCAAGAGCCAAGUUUUUACCAGUAUCGACAGUGAAGGCCUGUCUCGACCUGCUGGUUCCCUGGCUGCACCUUUACAUCGACAGUCAGGACUCUGGGUCUAAAGCUUUCUGCGACAUCAAUCUGCACGGCCCCUUUUAUACCGCCUGCCAGGCUGUGUUUUACACGCUCAUCUUCAAACACAAUGCCAUUCUGGAGGGCAAUAUGAAGAAAGGGCUGGCGUAUCUUCAGGGUUUGAAUCUGGAGCGUAUUGUGAUGUGUCAGCUCAACCCACUGAGGGUCUGUCUGCCUGCUGUCACCAACAUGUUUGCAGCCAUCACCAGGAAGUACCAGCUCGUGUUCUGUUACACCAUCAUUGAGCGCAACAACCGGCACCUGUUGCCAGUGGUGAGGAGUUCUGUGGGCGGCAGCUCAGUGGCCACCAACACAAACCCCCUGGAUAGUUUCUUCCCUUUUGAUCCAUACCUUCUGAAAAGUUCUGGGAAACUCAUUGAGCCGAUCUACCAGGUGUGGGAGGAGCCGUCAGACUGUAUGAUUGGUGUGCCCAAGAAGGAAAUCCCAAAGGGCUCUAUGGAGGAGGAAGAUGAUUUUCUGCAUGGAGAAACUCCUCAUGGAGACUCAAUAGUAGGGAUGACUCCGGGCUCAUAUGAAUCUCAUCUGCAGAGCCCGCGGAGCGUCGGCUCUCCUCCAAUCUCCUUCCUGCAGAGACCCUUCUGAUACACACACACACACAUCUCUCCAUGAGGAGGCGCUGGAGAGCAACACACACACACACACACCAGCAUUACUCCUACAGCAGGAGUUAAAAAAAAAAACCUCUAGGACAUUUUAAGACUGCAUCAAGACACACACACUUCAGAUGUGUUAAUAACAGGAAUCAAACUCUGUUGGUGUUUCAAGUAGACAGUUUUCUGGAGAAAGCGUCUGUACAGAUGUUGCGAUCAUGGCUGUGUGCUCAUUUGGAGUAGAAAAGAAAGCUGUUUGUAACAUUCUUCAGUUGUUUCUGGUGAGGUUUCAUUAGUAAAUGCAGUCAGUUCCUGUGUGGAGCUGUACAUACUAGGUAAUGUACAUACUUCAUUUAAAAAUUUUAAAUACUGGACUUUCAGUUAUUGUGUAUAAAUAUUGCAACUUGCACAGUAAAUAUUGUUUAACAAGAACAAAA